CACGAGUACAAUAUGUUACAUCAGAGCCGUCUAUACAUCUUCGUUCCAGACGGUUUAUUGCCCUACGUACAGACCACGUGAUUCUUGUCAAAUCACGUUAGUCGACUCAGUCUGUGUUAGUGUUAGCUGGCGGGAUGGUGGUAUCCGUAACGUCUAAGCGACUAUCUAGUCUUGGAGAAGGGCCUCACUGGGAUGAAAAAUCCAAGGUUUUGUGGCAUGUAGACGCUUUAUCGGGUGACGUUUGUAGACUUGACGUAGAGACCCAAGAAACAGAUGUUGUUCACCUGAAUGGCAAGGUCGUCAGCCUCGUCAUCCCUUACGCUUCAGAUCCUGACAAAUUAGUAGUGACUGUCGACAGAGAAAUAAGACAACUUUCCUGGAAAAACCAAUCCUGUAAGUUGCUGCAAGAAGUAGAUCUGGAUAAGCCUGACAACAAUUUUAACGACGGAAAGUGUGACAAGAUCGGGAGACUGUGGGCAGGAACUAAAGCUUUUGAAAAAAUUCCAACUGUGAUCGAACCUGAACAAGGAACAUUAUACAGUCUUGACUCUGACCUGUUGCUCCGGAAACAUGUAGACAAAAUUAGCAUCUCGAAUGGCAUGGUGUGGAAUUUAGGCUACACGAUCAUGUUUUAUAUUGAUUCCUUCCUUCGGAAGAUCUAUGCAUUUGAUUUUGAUUUAGUACACGGAACUCUGAGUAAUCAACGCACUCUGGUGGAUUUCAACGUUGUCCCAGCCUACCAGGAAUGUGGAUUUCCUGAUGGAAUGACCAUAGAUUGUGAGGGUAAAUUGUGGGUUGCAUGCUAUGACGGUGGACGAAUUAUUCGUAUUGAUCCUGAAACAGCUCAAAUUUUACGCACCGUUAAAUUCCCAGUACAGAAAAUAACCUCUUGUUGUUUUGGAGGGCCAAAUUAUGAUGAGCUUUUCGUCACAUCUGCAUGGGUAGGGUUGAGUGACGACAUGAGAAAGGACCAACCACAAGCGGGUGCCGUUUUUAGAGUUUCAGAGCUAGGUGUCACAGGACUUCCUCACGAGCGUUUCGCUGGUUGACGUAUAUAAAGGUUGAGAAACAUGUAUUCGUAAAGAAUGAAAAAAUAAAAUAUAUGUAACGGAGA